AUGGUUUAUGAUAUGACACAUUUGGUACCUUCGCAAAGCAUAUCUCUUGGUCGUUACUAUUUACAAGAUAUCAAUAAUGUGGAGAACCAUGAUUAUGCGCUUGAUAUCGAUAAGCGAUUUCAAGCGCGUUUGGCUUGCGAGACCUUACCACAAGCCACACAGCCGCCACCUACUCCAGCACCCAGACGUCGUACUACUCCAAUUACACAUCUGGAUCCUGCCGAAUUAGUUGGUUUAUCGCGAGAAGAAAGACGACGUCGUAGACGUGCCACACUUAAGUAUAGAACAGCUCAUGCUACUCGUGAACGAAUUCGUGUGGAAGCAUUUAACGUUUCGUUUGCUGAACUCAGAAAAUUAUUACCAACAUUGCCACCAGAUAAAAAACUUUCUAAAAUUGAGAUACUUAAAUUAGCUAUUUGUUACAUUGCUUACUUGAACCACGUUUUGGAAACUCCGUAGAGGUUCUAUUUAAGUACUUUUAAGUACUAUUUAAG